AUGCUCACCGAGAAUACUGGGCAUUACAACGACAGCAAAGCCGCAAAAGCGGCUGCGCGUAUGAUAAAGGGAACUUUGCACUCCCUCCCAAAGUCAGUCCGUGGCCAUGUCGUCGCCGUGAUAGGCGAGUUCGUGGGAACACUCCUCUUCCUAUUCUUCGCAUUUGCAGGAACACAAGUUGCAAAUGUGUCGUCGAACCCAAACACCGGGACGACUGUCAUCACAGAGACAGUGCAGAAGACACCACAGCAAUUGCUGUAUAUCAGUUUGUCAUUCGGUUUCUCGCUGGCUGUCAAUGCCUGGACAUUUUUCAGAAUUUCCGGAGGACUGUUCAACCCAGCAGUAACAGUCGGCAUGUACCUAAUCGGCGCCAUCGACAUCGUACGAGCCGGCCUCCUCUUCGUCACCCAAAUCAUCGCCGCCAUCGCCGCAGCCGCCAUCGUUAACGGUCUCUUCACCGGCGGUCUAAACGUCAGCACAGAACUCAGCGCCACCACGACCGUCACGCAAGGCGUGCUGAUCGAGAUGCUGUUGACGAUGUCGCUUGUCUUCACGAUUUUCAUGUUGGCUGCUGAGAAACAUACGGGGAAUUUCAUUGCGCCUGUGGGGAUUGGGUUGGCGCUUUUUAUAGCUGAGUUGACUGGCGUAUUCUGGACCGGCGGCUCCCUCAACCCCGCCCGCUCCUUCGGCCCCGCCGUCGUAACCAAAUCUUUCGCCGGCACCCACUGGAUCUACUGGGUCGGCCCCUUUGCCGGCGCCAUCCUCGCAGUCAUUGAAUUCAAGCUGAUCAAAGCUCUGGAAUACACCACUGUGAAUGGCGAGGAGGUCGAUGUCGCGGCGCACAUUGCUGGCAAGGAGAAGGGGAGGGAGAGGGAUUUGGAGGCUGGGAGAGUAGAUGAUGGUGUGAAUGGUGGGGAGAGAAUCCCGAGGAGUCCGGCUAGUCAGGCGACGACGUUGGGGGCGAGUGAUCAUCAUCAGCAUCAUCAGAAUGCGAGGACGGAGGGGGUGCAGGGUGUGCAUGGGCCGGGGUUGGGGAGUGUGCAGAAUACGCAUGCGGCGCUACCGCAGGAUCCGGAUUUGCAUAAGAUGAGUGGGUACUAA